CUUAUCCCGCCCAGCGAUGUCGGAGGAGCAAGCGUCCAAGGCGCAGGUGCUGGAGGUUGCGUGCGCCGAGCUUGCGAGCCUUCCUUUUUCACGGGCGGUCUUCGUGAAGCGAGGCAACAUUUUCUUCGCGUCUGAUACCAAGGCUGCUCUGGAAUCGCAUAAAAAGGAUCUUGCGACCAUCAAAGCUAGCACCCAGAAUCCUUCCACCAAGUGAAAGAAAACAGUGUAAGCAAUGCUGCGUUUCCUACUCAAUCCUUCUCUACUUGUUUUGGUUCUCUCCUCCCAGAUGUCUGCUCUAGGCGCGUAUCCCCUCUCAAGCUCCUUCAGUAGCAACCUGGAAGUAGCAUGGCGAAGAAAAACUCCACCGAGAUCUCUGAAGCUCUCCCAGAGGAGAAUGCACGUCGUGUCGGUGUUUCCGAGCCAGACCAGCGAUCCUCCCGUGCCGAGCUCCGUCACCUACAAGCGCAGCGCCGUCCAGAGCCACUUCGAGUGCCAGACGACACUGGAGAACCUGGGACUCAAGCAGUUCUCGUCCAAGGUGUCGAGAACUCUCGCCACAUCCAUGGGAGUUUUGCCCGGCGGCGCCGACCCGGGAACCUCUACUCCAGUGGGAGUCUCAUACGACGUCACCAAAGAUAAAUCCGGAGACUUGAAGCUGAAUGGAAUCGUCAAGACUGCUGUUUGCGUGCUUUGUGACAGGUGUCUGGCUCCUCAUGCUACUCGAGUCUUCUCGCCUUUCAGCGUUCUUCUAUCUCGGACUCCCGUGGAAGAGCCAACGGAGCCGUCCAUCGGUGUGGUGCUCGGCGAGGAGCCGGAGCCCGGCGAGCCCGUGCUGGACAUCGACCUGGACGACAAGUUCCACUUCCCGGACGAGGUCAAGGUGAUGGAUCUCUCGUCUUAUAUCCGUGACACUGUCCAUUUGGACGUCCCUUACUUCUCCAUUUGUAGCUCCAUCUGCAAGGGUCUGUGCACGCGCUGUGGCCUCAAUCUCAACACUUCCGAGUGUACUUGCCGUGACGAUUCCACGGACGACGACGAGAUCUCGGAGACCAAAUGAGGGAAAUCGUAGAAUCUUUCGCUAGAAAACUCGGAAGAAGAUCUGGAUCGAGAAGAACUGUCUAGAGCAAACGAUGUGGAACUUGAGCAUCAAACAAAGAGAAAAUUUUUUCGUGUUUGA